CAUUAGAGAUCAGUCAAAAUAGAUCAAUACUGCAAGUUCGUAACCAUAAUAAAACCCAUUGUCACCCCUCGCCCAAGUUCCUAACAUUCUUAACACAAGAAUCUUGAACAAAGAAAAAACAAAUGAGGGUAAGGAGAGAAAUGGAAAAGGCCCCAGCGCAGACGUCCGUUGUUGCGGAGCUCGAAGGCACCCUUCUGAACGAUCCAGACCCCUUCUCCUACUUCAUGUUAGUCGCAUUCGAGGCCUCGGGCUUGAUUAGGUUUGCGAUGUUAUUGAUAUUAUGGCCCACGAUUCGCUUGCUGGACAUGAUGGGCAUGGCGGACGCCGGGCUCAAGCUCAUGAUCUUUGUUGCAGUCGUGGGUGUUCGUGAAUCCGAGAUCGAAUCAGUGUCGAGGGCAGUGUUGCCCAAGUUUUACGUGGAUGAAGUUGAUAUGGAGGCAUGGAAAGUCUUCAGCUCGCACGAAAAGAGAGUUGUGGUGACUAAGACACCGAGGAUUAUGGUGGAGAGGUUUGCUAAGGAGCAUCUGCGAGCUGAUGGGGUUAUUGGAAGCGAACUUGUUGUGAAUCGGUUUGGGUUCGCAACGGGGCUCGUGGAGGAUAAUAUUCGUCUUCUCUCUGAUCGAGUAGCUAAGCUGUUUGUUGAUGAACCACCAAAUUUAGGAUUGGGAAGACCUACAGCUACUGGUUCUUCAUUCUUAUCGCUGUGCAAUGAACAAAUGCACUACCCACGAUUGAUCGCCAAUCAAAAGCAUGACCAACAGGUUCUUCCCCCGCUCCGAGUGAUCUUUCAUGAUGGCCGCCUAGUUAAGCGCCCAACACCGCUCAUUGCCCUCCUAAUCCUCUUGUGGAUGCCCUUAGGCAUCUUGCUUGCAAUAAUCCGCCUUGUUCUGGGCUUGAUUCUACCAAUGCGGGCCAUUCCCUACGUGUCUCGGCUAUUUGGUGGCAAGGUUAUUGUCAAGGGAAAACCACCCCCGCCUGUGUCUGGUGGAAACUCUGGGGUUCUAUUUGUGUGCACCCACCGGAGCCUAAUGGACCCAGUGAUCCUCUCCACCGUGCUCGGACGUAAAACCCCAGCUGUGACAUACUCCAUUUCUCGAUUAACUGAGAUCCUGUCGCCAAUACCCACUGUUAGGUUAACACGAAUCCGGGAGACGGAUGCAGAGAAAAUCAAGCGACAAUUAAGAAAGGGAGAUCUGGUGGUUUGCCCCGAAGGAACAACAUGCAGGGAACCCUUCCUUUUGAGGUUUAGUGCACUAUUUGCUGAGCUAACGGAUCGAAUUGUCCCAGUGGCUAUGAAUUAUCGCGUUGGGUUCUUCCAUGCAACCACGGCUAGGGGUUGGAAGGCACUGGACCCGAUUUUCUUCUUCAUGAACCCUAGGCCCAUCUACGAGGUAACGUUCUUGAACCAGUUACCAAUAGAAGCGACAUGUUCCUCUGGGAAAAGUCCGCAUGAUGUUGCAAAUUAUGUGCAAAGGAUCUUGGCUGCUACGCUAGGGUUUGAGUGCACGAACUUUACUAGAAGGGACAAGUAUAGGGUGUUGGCUGGAAAUGAUGGAACUGUGUCUUAUAUUUCGUUCAUUGAUCAGGUUAAGAAGGUGGUGAGCAUCUUCAAGCCGUUUAUUCAAUGAGAUAGUAUGAGAAAUUGACGUCUUUAUUUGUUUUUUGUUUGGUUGGGGCCGGGCAGGAGGAUUAUUGUUUCUGGAAUUGUUAAAUAAUGUAUGAAACUGCCUAAUAUUUGUCGAUUACGACCGUUAAUGUUAGUUAUAUAUCCGUGUUGUUGAA